AUGCGCUUGUUGUCUACCUUCCUUGCCCUGGCAUUAACAGGUGCAUUGCAAGCAAAUGCACUGGAUGCUACAAUAUUCACCUUUCCCCCCAAGACUGCAACCUCUUCAUCAGGUAGUCUCCAGCAACAGACAAUAUCAGAAGAUGAGGCCCGGCUUGUUUUGGAGCUUCGUAUGAAGUCCUCUGUAGCAUCGGUCCUCGGAAUGGUGGGUGCAGACACUGUGCACCACUUGAAUCAGUUUGCUCGAGAUGAUCUCACUCUCUUUGGCGGAGCUACUGGGGGGAUUGCUCUUAAGAAAAGCAUCUUGAUUCUGGAAGGGAUCGACCAGGAAGUUGCUCUAGUCAUCCAAAAAGCCCAACCAAACCAUCUUCAUAUUCCUCAAAUUUCCUCGCCCUUUAUCGGAUUUGAUCUCCUGGAAUCAUUUGUCGAAAGCAGCCCCACUGCGAAAGGGGACCGUGGACAAACCUGUACAUACUUCAACAAUGCUAGCAGGGCUGCAUCAUCGACAUCCCAGACUCCUAAGGAAUGCCUAUCCAGGGACCCCAUGUUUGCUGAUGGGUCUGAUUUGCUUUCCCAUGACUCCCUGCCACUAAUUGAUUCAGUGGAAUCCUGGAUAAGCAAGGAUCACAAGGAUUCGGCUUUGAAAUUGUCCUUCAAGAAUACGUCUGGUGAUUCUCUUCUUAGAACCAAGCUCCUAGAGAGAUUGCUUCUUCACCUAGCUAAAAUAUCAUCAACCAGCAACCGAGAAAUCACGACUGUUGCUCUACCCCCUGGUGUCAAAUCAGAAGGACUCAGCCGCCGAGGUGCGAAACCAUCAUCGGCACCAAUCACCCAACAGACUGCCUUCAGGAGGUCGACGCAGAAUUCUGCGCUGCAGUCGACCCUAGCGCCUGUCUGUCAUGCUUCAAACUCAUCGUGCGCCGAAUCUACCAAUAAUUGCUCUGGACACGGUUCCUGCUAUCUGAAAUACGGUUCGGGCGUUGAGGGAACGACAGGAAAUUGUUAUGCAUGCCAAUGCAAACAAAGUGUUGUUCAGAAUAGCGAUGGCACCACCAAGACAGUUCAGUGGGGUGGAUCGGCUUGCCAGAAAAAAGACAUCAGCUCACCCUUUUUCCUCGUUGCAGGCGUUAGUCUACUUGCCAUCGUUCUAGUUGGUAGUGUGAUUGGAAUGCUUUUCAGUAUGGGCUCACAGGAGCUACCCAGUGUCAUCAGCGCUGGCGUAGGAGGUCCUAAAUCUCAGAUGUGA